AUGGGUUGGCCCAAAGACUGCAGCGAGCUUGUCUCUGGCAGCCCCAGUGGCAUCUACAUAAUCCAGCCAAAAGGACUCCACCCCAUCAUGGUGUACUGUGAAAUGAAUGUGACAAAUGGGGGUUGGACGGUCAUCCAGAGGAACCAGAAAGACACAGCUGUCACCUGGGCUGAGUCCUGGAGCACCUAUAAAUACGGCUUUGGGAACGUGCGCAGUGAGUACUGGCUGGGCACCGAGUACAUCCAUCAGAUCACCAAGCAGAAGGUCUACCAGGUCAGAUUUGUCAUCUGGGAUGCCUCAAACAACAUCAAAUUUGCAGACUACAACCUGUUCAGUCUGGAUGAUGAGUCCCAUGGCUACCGGCUGAGGCUGGGCUCCUACACAGGGACAGCAGGAGAUGCCAUGGACUCAGACAAUCCCAGUAAUGUGCACAACAACAUGAAAUUCUCCACAAAAGACAUGGAUCAAGACACUUCAAGAAAGAACUGUGCAUCCCACUCUGGGGGUGGGUGGUGGUACUCGGCAUGUUAUUCUGUACGGCUGAAUUUCAAGGGUGGCAUGACAUGGGGUAGCCUGUGUAAAGGGGACUGCAAAUCUUCCCUUAUCCUCAUCAAACCAGCUCCUUACCACUAGCAUUCUUCUGCACUGGACAUGGCCAUAUCAGUGCUCUGCUGGGCCACUCUUUAUUGGCUGGGGGGCUGGGGGUGAAUAGGGGUGUUCCAGCAUAUCAAAAGCUCAUUUCUUUUCCUCUUCUCCUGAAAAGUACUGAUGUUUCCUGCUUUAUCUAUGGCCUGUCACCUGUGAUGCAUUUUUAGGAUCAUUAGUAGAAUAAGACUUUAUAAACAGUUCAGUUUCCAAGUAUGCUGCUUCUGGGGAGAAAACUGUGCUAAAACCGUCCUGAUCCAGCAAGGGCUCAUUCUCUUUCUCCUUUGAAGUUAGACAUGAUGACCACUGACUUAAGCAGAAAAAUAUCAUUCAUUACUCAGUAACCUGUCCUAAGGUGCUCUGAGGCCAGGCAGGCCAUACAUCUGCUGUAGCCUGUGUUCAUCUUGCAGAAUAAAAUUGUUUUCAGAACCUGCACAGACAUGUGAAAAUGUCCUUCAUCUGAUGCCUGCUUCUGCCAGGAGGCUCCUGGUGCAGUAAGAAAGCAAAAGGGAAAUUUUUCACAAGAUUCAAAUGGGGAAUUAAAAAUAAAACUUGCACUUAAGAGAGCUGAGUUUCAAGGUAUGGAUCUUUCAAAAAGGGGAUGCAGUACCACAUGGCCAACAGCUAGAGGUGAGGGUAGGAGGAAGCACCAUCUCAGUUCAGCCAUACCCAUGUUGACCUGGAGACCUAAACAGGGCUGCCAGGCCAGCAUCAUCUUGCCUUGUAAGGUUUGUAAAUGAUGGUCCUGACAAAUGAAGACGGAGAACUGGUAACAACAGAUGUGGAGAGAAGGCAGAGGUACUUAACUU